GCGGGCGUCCUGUCGAAACUGAUGAUACAAAACAUGUGACCGACUAGGAAGUAAAGUAAAAUGGAAAAAUAAGAAAAUUAUAUGCAGCUAGCCGAGAAGCCAGCUUAAAGCGAAUACAUUCCUUAAGUCAUUAUGGCAUCUAUUAUCAAAGAAACCCCGAGCAUUAAAGAAGCAGUGACGCAUAUCAACGCGAUCGACAUAAACAAGUUUUCCCGACUGCUGUCCCGGAUCCUGCAGAAGCUCCACCUUAAGGCGGAGCGGUCCUUCAGCGAGGAAGAGGAGGAGAAAUUACAGAGCGCGCUGUCGCUGGACAAGCAGGCCCUGGGUCUGGUGCUGGAAACCAUCUCUUUCAUUUUGGAGCAGGCGGUGUACCAUAACGUCAAACCUGCCGCCCUCCAGCAGCAGCUAGCAGGCGUCCAUCUCAACCCCGACAAGGUCGACGCCCUCUCCCAGGCCUGGGCCUCUGCGGGCCCGGACACCGUCGAGAAGUUCCGGCACGGGAUAUUCGCCCCGAAGAAGCUGGAGCACGUGGGCUGGCAGCUGGACCUGCAGAUGGCGCAGUCCUCGCAGGCCAAGCUGAAGUCGCCGCACGCCGUGCUGGAGCUGGGGAUCGGCGGGGAGGAGGCCGAGAGUUUUCAAAUCACUGGAGACAGCGGGGAUAUCAUGCACCGUGACUCACUCAGAAAUAACGAGGGGUCUCGAAAAUACCAGAACGCCGAGAAGCUUUUUGUGGAGUUCAGCCACCAGGAACUGCUCCAGUUCUACAACAAGCUGGAGACGAUCCAGGGCCAACUGGACUCUCUCACUUGAUGGCGGUCAAACAGUCUCCCUUAAUGGCGGGCGACAAGGUCCUCAUUCUUGCCUGUGUCAUGUGACCAGCGGAAGAACUGUACCCAGAAUGCUUCAUCUCCUUCGAUGGCUGCGACGCGGAGUAAUAUUUAGCCAUCGACAGCGUUGUACAUACAGUGUCAGAGCCCAUUUUGUCAUUGUCUUGUCAUUCCUUUGAAAGUGUCACCGUUGCUGUCACUCAGCAUAUAGACACUGCGGACACUGAAACGUCAGUCCCUUUAGUGUAAGUGGUUCCUGUGAUGGAUGUGUCAUUGUUUGUCUGCAUUAAACUUCAUUUGCUGUUGUUUUUUAAA